AUGGCUAUCUCAACUCUCGACAGCAUAGCCAGAAUGAUCCUGUGGGCAGCUGCGAUAUGGCUCUUUCGGCAACAUCAUAAAGCUCCUGAGGAUUUCGCCGUCUCCCGUGGAGCCAUGUCCGUCAACUGGCUUUACGACCACGUGUUUGACAUCUUCGACGAACCGCUCGCAUUCCCUAUCACGAAAUGGAUCAACCAAAGGCCCUACCCCGCCGGUCUGAUGCACUUCUUCGGCCUCUUCGGAUCAUCCUACAUUAUCCCCACCACCCCAGAGACCCUGAAGGAUGUCCUCUCCACGCACGCCUAUGACUACGAGAAAGCCACCGCCUUCAAAACGUACACGACCCGCUUCUGGGGCCACGGGAUCGUCUCGCAGGAGCAAGAGGAGCACCGGCAAAACCGGAAGCUGUAUCUCCCCGUCUUCAACCAAGGCAAUGUGCGCAAACUCGCCCGGACGCUCUUCACCAAAGCCACGCAGUUUGCGGACCGCAUCGCCGACCCGGAGGUCGCUGAUGAUAGUCCUCUUCCACACCUCCGCCGCGCCGGCGUGUCCUGCGCGGUCGUCCCCAUCGUGAAGGUGAGCGCCCUGGUCUCCCUGGACGUGACCGGCAUUCUCGCCUAUGGGGUGGAUUUCGAGGCCAUCCGGGGCCAGCGACCUGAUAUCUUCGAGGCCCAUGAGAUGCUGCUCGCUAGCACCAGGGAGAAACGGAUGUUGUUUCUCUUGUACAACCUUGCGCCCCGGUGGUUCCUCAAUCUCAUGCCUUUUCCCGGUGGUCAAUGA